AAGUGGUUCUGACUGACGUGUGGCUUUUCGUUGCUGAAUAUUAUCCAGCUCUGUGGUUUUGUCAGGAAAUAAAAGCGGCUGCAAGGGAUUGGGAGUUUAACAGUUCAACCUUGGCACAAGUCGUUGCGAUUCGAGUUGGGGGUGGGGAGAUGCCUGAAAGGGUGACCCCUCAUCUCGUCUCGCUCUGCGUCCUGCUACAAAGUGAAGCUAACCAACCCGGACUGGAGACUUUCGUGGACACGGAGUGAAAAGUUGAGCCAACACCUUCCAAACUAUCCAGAAGAAUCAAAGGACGAACGAAGCGCGCCGGCCAAGCCUUUCAACUGACUGAUGGUUAUCACAGAACGCCAAACAAGCUCCAAGUCCAAGCUGCCUCCUCCACCGAUGAGCAGCCAGACGAGCAGCGGGGAGGCGGUCCCUCCACCGCGAGCUAAUCAGAAGACAAUUUUGGACGACGUGAUCCUGACCUUCAGCUCGCCCAUGGCGUGGUUGCUGAUGGUGGCGCUGAUCAUUACCUGGGCGGCUGUUGCCGUCGUUGUCUUUGACCUGCUGGACUACAAGACACUGGCAGGAGGCGUCCGCCCAACCAGGUGCAGACCUUCUGAGGUCGCUAACCCCCCACCACAGCCGCAGGAGAGCACCGACUGGAUGGAGAUAAUGUGGACGUUGGCUGCCAGCCUGGUGGCACCCGACGAGGAAGAGGAGGCGGAAGGUAUUCACCAGCUAACUGAAACCUUCACAUCUUUGCACUCAGAGGAGUUCUGAAAAGCAGAACCUCGAAACAAGAGAGGUCAAGAGACAACUUUGAAGUAUGACGCUGAGGGAAGGAGAGUACAAAUCGUAGCAAUGUUUCAUCUUUUUUUUGUUAGAAAGACAUAACUGGAAAAAAAAAUGCAGAGUCUAAAGUCCUUAUCAUUGCUUAGUUUGGUUUCUAUUUGACCAUCUAGAAAAUAUCCACGUGUCCCGUCCUGGCGCCUCAGUAAUUUAUAGCAACGAUACUGCUAACAACAACGGAAUAUAUGCCGUGGUCUCACAUCGUUCCACUCAAUUAAGGAUGAGUACACAACUUGUUGUUUUUACGUUAUUUUGAUUGUCAAAAGUUAUGUUCCCAUUACUUUACGUGGUGGCCUACUUGUUACACCUUUAUGACAGUGUUGGAAUGUAACUUAAAAGACUAAAUGUACAGUUACGAAAGGUUUUAUGACGGCCGCAGUUUGAUGAAUUACAUUUUCCAUGAUGUUUCGAUUUCAUUGUCUGUUUCAUUUCAUUGUCGUAUUGUGUGUAUAGAAUACGGAUGCGUUGUUUUCUGGAAUUGCCGCCGUCGCGCACCACAUUAAAAUGUCACCUCUCUCUGACUUUGCAUGAGAAGUCACUGCGUGGGAGAGCAGCAUUAGAGGCUUGCAUCGUAAAUCCAUAAGAAUUAAAACAGCUCAUUUCAAUGGAUGACAUCAUUAGGAGGAAUCCGUGUUUAAAUAAUUCCCCAGAAUGUUGCGAGGUUAAAAAAAUAAAUAAAAGAGCUAAUGUUUAAUUAAAAUUAAUCUUUGGCACUGUUGGGAAUAUGUUUGCAGUGUCAUAAUGCUAUUAUGAAGAUGAAAUUACAUCACAGCCACAUUUAUUACUCUGGGGACUGUGCCCUAUUGGCAGAAAUUACAAUUAAAAUGACAAUUUAAUAAUUCAAGAUUCUCUAAAAUAAAACGUUGAGACAAAAAAAUUAAAUACAAUAAAAUACAUACUACAUUUACCGGUAAAUGAAUUUCAUCAUUCAUUGUGCAUGCAUUAUAUUGUUGAUGUGUUUUGUUUUGUUUUUUCACAAAAUGGUCGUUGCCUUCAAAAUAAGCGAGACUGUAUUAAAAAAACAUUUCUGGGGUUUUUUGUUUUUGUUUUUUAUCAUCCAAAAUGUAGAAAUCCACCAUCAAGAUAACAUAGGCGUUAGCAUGGCAAUACACUGUAGCUGUUGAUUUAAUAUCACAGAAUCACAACGAAACCAUUUCCCUCCAAAAUUCUAAAUCAAGGCAAAUGCAUGUAGACAGAUUAUAUAACAAUACUCAGACAUAUUCUUUAUCCUCUACGAAGAACGGCGAACAGUCCUGCGGCUCAGUGACCUUAGUUGUGACGUCAAUAUGGACUGUCUAUGCUGAGGUAUUUAUUACACUGCCCACAAAUGGCCAAGGUGCUCACACCAGAAGGAGCAGCACAAUGUCCUGUCAUGUCAUGUCAUUCUGUUCGCGUCCAACAGGUGGCAGAGACGUUCUUGGUUUUCCUGCUGCGCACCUGUCUGGCAUCACAGUUCUUGGGAGUAUUUAAGGACGCUUUUUGUUUUAUUCACAUUAUUCCUGGCUUGUUGUCCAGCGUUAUUAUUUGUGCUUUGUAAAUAAACAUUUU